AUGAUGAGUCUCGACAUGCGGCCAUCAGAUGCCAUCAACCUAGCAGCGCGCGCCAAGGUGGGUGGUUACAACAAUGGGCGUGGGUUGUUGUUUCAUGUGCCGAUUCAGGUGCGGAAAUCCCUGGCAGUGGCGGACGGAUUGCAGAUAGUGGGGAUGGUGCGGUCGGCAGUAGCACCUGGGCAUAGCGGGCGGCUGCUGAGAAGACAGCAGAGAGUGGUGCUGACGUCAGAGGACAAGCCAUAUCUUGAGGACCAGUCACUGGCGGACGAGUUUGCCCUCGUGAGGCUAUUGGAGGAAGCAGCACAUCUUGAACUAAUGGCACCAACUCUGCACCCUUUUUUGCUUGCCUCUCUCUCCUGCCCCCCUCUCCUCAUUUCAUCUUCCUCCAGACCUGAUCUCGAGGACCUGUCACUCGCGGACGAGUUCGCGCUGGGCGCUGAGCUCCACAUCUCGUUGCAAAAGGCAGAGCGAGGCAAGCCGUGGCCGGGCGCAAUCAAGGGGCACGCUCUUGAUGCCUUCUCUGCGGACCAGGAGUCGAGACGGCUCAUGCUGAAGCAGUUUCAGAUAGAGUCGGGGCAGAGCCUGGAUGCUUUCUCUGCAAAUCAGGAGUCGAGACGGCUCAUGCUGGAGCAGUUCCAAAUAGAGAAUCCAGGGUUUGACUUUCCAGGGGCAGAGCUGACAGGAUCCUGCCCCGACCCAGCAGCGUUUGCUGGUGGCAUGCAGAGGCAGUAA